AUGACCACUCUUCACUAUUUACCCCCCGUGAAGCCCUCUGCGAUCGCGUUGGGUACGAUCUUCACCCACACAGCCUCGCUGGGUAUCCUCGCACCCGUUUUCGGUGAUGCUUAUCAUCGUGCCCAAGCCGCCAACUCGAAAGAGGAAUUUCUCAAGUCCAAGGAGACGGCUGGAGCAGCUGCGGCUUGGGGUAGCUCUCUAGUCGGCAGUGCGGUACAGACAUACGGGGUUGCAGCUUUGAUCAACGCAACAGGCACCCUGAGCUAUAAGGGUGCUGCGUAUUUGGGUAGCUUGAUUUUCAUGGCAAGCUCUGCACCAAGUUUCAUUAGCCAGAUCUUCACGGAGAAGAGACCGCUCGAUACCGUUGCUGUCGGUGCAGUUAGCAGAGUGUUCGAGACAGUGGGUCUUAGUUUGUUCCUUACUUGGUGGGGCACACGUACGAAUCCCUUUGAUUAA